AUGCAGCGAGUCAUUGCACGAUCCAGCCGUCUGCGACCCCAGCAGAUCCGAGGCUUUGCUCACAAGGAGCUCAAGUUUGGCGUCGAGGGCCGAGCCGCUCUGCUCAAGGGUGUCGACACUCUGGCCAAGGCCGUCUCCGUCACUCUGGGCCCCAAGGGCCGAAACGUGCUCAUUGAGCAGUCGUUUGGCUCCCCCAAGAUCACUAAGGAUGGUGUCACUGUUGCCCGAUCCAUCACUCUCGAGGACAAAUUUGAGAACAUGGGCGCUCGUCUUCUGCAGGAGGUUGCCUCCAAGACCAACGAGACCGCCGGAGACGGAACCACCUCCGCCACCGUUCUCGGCCGAUCCAUCUUCACCGAGUCCGUCAAGAACGUGGCUGCCGGCUGCAACCCCAUGGAUCUGCGACGAGGCUCCCAGGCCGCUGUCGACGCCGUCGUCGAGUUCCUCCAGAAGAACAAGCGGGAGAUCACCACUUCUGAGGAGAUUGCCCAGGUCGCUACCAUCUCUGCUAACGGCGACACUCACAUUGGCCAGCUGAUUGCCAACGCCAUGGAGAAGGUCGGCAAGGAGGGUGUCAUCACUGUCAAGGAGGGCAAGACCAUUGAGGACGAGCUCGAGAUCACCGAGGGUAUGCGAUUCGACCGAGGCUACAUCUCCCCUUACUUUGUCACCGACGUUAAGUCCGGCAAGGUUGAGUUUGAGAACCCUCUGAUUCUCAUCUCCGAGAAGAAGAUCUCUUCUAUCCAGGACAUUCUUCCCUCUCUCGAGCUGUCCAACAAGCAGCGACGACCCUUGCUGAUCCUGGCUGAGGACGUUGACGGCGAGGCCCUGGCUGCUUGUAUCCUCAACAAGCUGCGAGGCCAGGUCCAGGUUGCAGCUGUCAAGGCCCCUGGCUUUGGUGACAACCGAAAGUCUAUCCUCGGCGACAUCUCCAUCCUCACUGGUGGUACCGUCUUCACUGAGGACCUCGAUGUCAAGCCUGAGAACGCCACCGCCGACAUGCUCGGUUCUUGUGGCGCCAUCACCAUCACCAAGGAGGACACCAUCAUCCUCAACGGUGAGGGCUCCAAGGACUCUAUUGCCCAGCGAUGCGAGCAGAUCCGAGCCUUCAUGGCUGACUCCACCACCUCCGAGUACGAGAAGGAGAAGCUGCAGGAGCGACUGGCCAAGCUGUCUGGCGGUGUUGCCGUCAUCAAGGUCGGAGGCUCCUCCGAGGUUGAGGUUGGCGAGAAGAAGGACCGUUUCGUCGACGCUCUCAACGCCACCCGAGCCGCCGUCGAGGAGGGUAUUCUCCCCGGAGGAGGAACCGCUCUGCUCAAGGCCUCUCGAAACCUGGACUCCGUGCCUACCGCUAACUUUGACCAGAAGCUCGGUGUUAACAUUAUUCGAACUGCCAUCACCAAGCCUGCUCGAACCAUCGUUGAGAACGCCGGUGGCGAGGGCUCCGUCGUUGUCGGCAAGCUCACUGACGAGUUUGGCGAGGACUUCAACAUGGGUUACAACGCCGCCAAGGGCGAGUACACCGACAUGAUUGCUGCCGGUAUCAUCGACCCCUUCAAGGUUGUGCGAACCGGUCUGGUUGACGCUUCUGGUGUCGCCUCUCUGCUCGCCACCACCGAGUGCGCCAUUGUCGAUGCUCCUGAGCCUAAGGGACCUGCUGCUGCUCCUGCUGGCGGCAUGCCCGGUAUGGGUGGUAUGGGAGGCAUGGGAGGCAUGGGCUUCUAA